CCAUUGUCGCCCCCCACAGGGCAAUGCCGUUUCUUCCUCCUUCAAAUAACCAGAACAGAGAGCCUCCCCCGUCGAUCUACAGAAGACAGAAACCAAACAAGCCCACGCGCCUGCGCAACCAAGAACUGAAGAGCGCGCGCGACAGGCUUUUCCUCGGUUUUCUCGUUGCUGUCCUCGGCCCUCUCGCCCCCGCCGCUCUAGAUCUCUCCGACGUGCCCCCCUCGACUUGGUUUCGCCGAGCUCCUCGGUUCCAGGUCUCCAGCAAGGCCUCCACAUUGGGUUCUUGAGAAUGGCCGCGGCUACAUCUCACAAUGUCAUAGUGUCUGCACAAUCCCACCGGUGGAACAGCAAGAACUCUAGAUUGGACAGGAGAACAGCCAAUGUGCGCUUGGUUUCAGUUGGAAGUUGCUGCUCAGGCAACAGAAAGUUGGGUCUGGUUUGUGCGUCGGGCUCCCAGUCUUCGGUCAUCGACCCGGUUCACCUACCCUCGAAUGGCAAGGGAGACCACAGCCCCAAGAAAUCAAGUGAGAGUUCCCUUAUACUGAUCCGGCACGGCGAGUCGAUGUGGAAUGAGAAAAAUCUGUUUACUGGCUGCGUCGAUGUGCCCCUGACACCGAAGGGCGUGGAUGAGGCCAUCGAGGCGGGUAAGAGGAUAUGCAACAUUCCAAUCGAUGUAAUAUUCACGUCGGCGAUGAUUCGUUCUCAGAUGACUGCAAUGCUUGCCAUGAUGCAGCAUCGGCGCAAGAAGGUUCCAAUUAUCACACAUAAGGAGAGCGAACAAGCUCAAAGUUGGAGUAAGAUAUACAGUGAAGAUACAAAAGAGCAGUCCAUUCCUGUUAUAACAGCUUGGCAACUGAAUGAAAGGAUGUAUGGUGAGUUGCAAGGUCUCAAUAAGCAAGAAACUGCAGAUAGGUUUGGCAAAGAACAAGUUCAUGAAUGGCGCCGUAGUUACGACACUCCUCCCCCAAAUGGUGAGAGCCUAGAGAUGUGCGCAGACAGAGCCGUUUCUUAUUUCAAAGAUCAGGUUGUUCCCCACCUCACGGCUGGAAAGCAUGUGAUGGUUGCUGCACAUGCAAACUCACUUCGAUCAAUCAUAAUGCAUCUAGACAAAUUGACUUCCCAGGAGGUAAUCAGCCUUGAGUUGUCAACAGGCAUUCCUAUGCUCUACAUAUUUAAGGAAGGCGAGUUUAUUAGACGGGGGAGCCCGGUAGGACCUUCUGAAGCAAGUGUUUAUGCUUAUACAAGGAACUUGGCUACGUACAGAGACACACUUGAUAGUAUGGUCCAGUGAAAGGCCUUAUAGAUUUACCGUGGCACGGUAUUUGUCGAACAUGCCAUUAUUUAGCUGAGAACCGGUUAGGGGGGAUUUCAAAUCCCAAAAGCAUUUUUUUUACUAGGAGCUAGAAGGGGAAAAAUCACAAUCUGGAAAGUUUCUUCCCAGAAGCACUUUUUUUACUAGGAGCUAGAAGGGGAAAAAUCACAAUCUGGAAACUUUCUUCUGUAACACCGAAAUCUAUGUAACUGAUCUACAAAGGGGUAACAUAAGCCCCCAUGUUGUAUAUGUAAACUGAAUUUACUGGAGAGUGGUAGCAUUCCCUUUGAGCCGU